GGCAUCUGCGCACAUCCACUGAGAUAUUUAAGCUCCAAGAUCUCUGAACGUAAGCUACAGUCGGGCAGCUGUUGGCUGCCGGCUGGCCGAGGCAGGCCGGAGCCGCCAGUGGGGCCGUGUGGCCCUGCUGUGCCCGUGUUCAGGCCCGCUGAGCUCGGCCCGCUGAAGCCCCGGGUGGUGACCGUGGUGAAGCUGGGUGGGCAGCCCCUGCGCAAGGUCACCCUGCUGCUGAGCCGGCGCUCGGUGCAGACCUUCGAGCAGCUCCUGGCUGACAUCUCAGAGGCCUUGGGCUUCCCGUGCUGGAAGCAUGACCAUGUGCGGAAGUUGUUCAGCAUCAAAGGCAGGGAGAUCAAGAGCAUCUCGGAUUUCUUCCGAGAGGGUGACGCUUUCAUUGCCAUGGGCAGAGAGCCGUUGACACUGAAGAGCAUUCAGGUGGCCAUGGAAGAGCUGUACCCCAACAGAGCCCGGGCCCUCACCUUGACCCAGCACAGCCUGAUGCCAUCGCCAAGGCUGAGAAGCAGGCUUUACGGCAAGGCUCUGAAAGUGGGGGAGAACGAGAUGGCCAAAAACUGCGGUGAGGCCCCCGGGGGCAAGCUCACCAGCAGGCCCCAGGGGAAGAUCCCCAUGGAGGUGGCAACCGAGGACAAGCCCAGGGUCCAGAAGAAGUGGGGAAGGAGCAGACGGGAGCCCGAAGCAGGCAGCAAGCCACCCAGGGAGGCCAAGGCAGAGGAGAGGCCCACGGGUGGCGACAAGCUCCCAGGGGUAGAGCAUCAGAAGACCUCGGGGGACACGGUCAGGUGUGAGAAGUGCAAGAAAGAGAGAGAGCUGCAGCAGAACCUGCACAAGGAGAGGCUGUCACUGGGCACCAGCGAGCUGGACCUGGGCAGGUGCCGCAGGUAUGAUGUGGAGAAGUUGGCCAGGACGCGCAGCUGCAGGAGGUCUCCUGAGGUCGGGGAGGAUACACAAAACGGUGGUGGCCACCAGAGCAACGUCAGGGAUGCCAUUCAGGAGCCGAGGAGGCCUGGCAAGAAUCUGGACAAGAAGGAGGACAGGGACAUGGAGGAGCAGGAGAGCCAUGCUCCUGGGGCAGCCAGGGCGCUCAAGGAUGCUGGAGAGGCUUCAGUGGGCCUGGGGGAAGGGUCAAGGGAGGUGAAAAGAGACUCCAGGCUCACGUGCAGGACCAAGCAAGGAGGUGGCUGGCUGCUGAGAGAGCAUCAGGCCAACCCCGAGGAGAGAAAGGCAGGUGCAUCCACCGGGAGGAAGACGAUUCUCAGAGACGAACCGCCAGCCAGGGUGGAGAAGGAGUCCAAGAUGAGGCCCGAGGAGAGCAAGGCAGAGCGGCCAGCGGGGCGGAAGCCACGGCCGACAGGCAUUCUCACAGUCAGCGUGGAGAAGCACUAUGAGACUGGCCGUGUGGUCGGGGAUGGCAACUUCGCCGUGGUGAAGGAGUGCAGGCACCGGGAAACCAGGCUGGCCUACGCCAUGAAGAUCAUCGACAAGUCCAGGCUCAAGGGGAAGGAGGACAUGGUUGACAGCGAGAUCGCCAUCGUGCGGAGCCUCUCGCACCCCAACAUAGUGAAGCUGCAUGAGGUGUACGAGACGGAGAAGGAGGUGUACCUGAUCCUGGAGUACGUGCAAGGCGGGGACCUCUUUGAUGCCAUCAUAGAAAGUGUGAAGUUCCCGGAGUCCGUUGCCGCACUCAUGAUCAAAGACUUAAGCAGGGCCCUGGUCCACAUGCAUGGCAAGGGCAUCGUCCACCGGGACCUCAAGCCAGAGAACCUUCUGGUUCAACGCAAUGAGGACAAAUCCACCACCUUGAAACUGGCUGACUUUGGCCUUGCAAAGCACGUGGUGCGGCCUCUGUUUACCGUGUGUGGGACCCCAACUUAUGUAGCCCCUGAGAUUCUCUCUGAGAAGGGUUACGGGCUGGAGGUGGACAUGUGGGCUGCAGGUGUCAUCCUGUACAUCCUGCUCUGUGGCUUCCCCCCAUUCCGCAGCCCCGAGAGGGACCAGGAGGAGCUCUUCAACAUCAUCCAGCUGGGCCACUUUGAGUUCCUCGCUCCAUACUGGGACAGCAUCUCUGAUGCCGCCAAAGACCUGGUGAGCCGGCUGCUGGUGGUCGACCCCAAAAAGCGCUACACGGCCCACCAGGUUCUUCAGCACCCCUGGAUUGAAGCAGCUGGGAAGAGCACGGCUGAUCUGCCGGAGGAGGCAUCCCCCAGCAGUGAGGGCCUCGGCCGGAGCCAGCACAAGAGGAUUGCAGAGCACACAUCGUAG